AUGCAGGCUGUAGCUAGCACUCCAACAGCUGCAGCUUCAGGGCUGCUCCCCUCCGCCUCUUCCUCCGCAGAACCAUCUCACACAGCCCUAGCAUCCAGCAGCACAGACCUAUCUCAAUUCCUCCAACCGUCAUUUGACGCUUCCGUCUACGUCUCGUCCCUUCUCUCCGCCGUCGACUCCUCCUUGGAACCUCGAAAUGCUGCUGCCUCCAUACCAAAAAGUGCCAGUGGAUCGCACCUGCAUCUCCCACCAGCCACAAGUUCGGGGAGAAAACAAGGUAUCUCCCUCUCCCCCAUCUCCCCCACCAACCCUGACACUUCGAGCAGAAAGCAAGAGCAAGCGCAAGAAGAUAUAGAUCUGUCGCUCGCUAUUUCUCGACUCAAUCUCGCUAUUGAGGAGCUUGAUCGCUCAAUCUCUACGCAGGUCACUUCGCAUGCACCAGCACUGCUAUCGCGGACUUCUGCGCUGAGCACGAUGCAGAGCGGUGUGGGGGCUAUCAGGGAGGGUAUAUCGGCUUUGGAUGCUGAGGUGGCGAAUCUGAGAAGGAAGAUCCAUGAUCCAUUCAUCCGAGCACAAGAAUUGCAGGGGAGAAUGAAGAUCUAUGAUUCUGCAGGAGACCUUCUCUCGCGUACAGGAAAAGUGGUUGAACUGGCGAGACGGUUGGAAGUUCAAAUGGAGGUUCUGUUCUCUAAAAAGGAAGCAGCUGGAGAGAAGAAAGGCGACGGAGAAGAUGCGGUUGUGGGUCAAGUUCAUGGUGGCGAUCUCUCCAGAGCUGCCCUGUUGAUUUCGGAGCUUACAUCAUUGCUCAACUCUCCACCAGCUUCACCAGACGAGCCUGCAUUGACGCAAUUGAAGAUGGUGCAAGAUCUGCUCCCAGCGAUAGAAAGUUCGAAGGAAACGGUAGUGGACUAUAUGGAAGAUAUGAUCGUCCGUGGUCUCCGUGAUUUAUCCCCUUUGAUGCUCGGUUCGAGUCUUCAAACAGCAUUCAAUUUGGGUACUCUUCCGACACUUGUUCAGGACCUACUCAACGACCUUACUGAAGUUGUGAAGGAAAGGACUGCGGCCGCUUUCAACCUUGACACACUCUCUCGUCAACUCAACAGCCCGGUACCGACGCUCGACACUCCAACGAACUAUUCUGCAUACAGACGCAAAGGUACAGCAGAUGCAGGAGUAGCAGCAGAUCAACAGAGGAUGAUUUGGGGCGAUGUGAUAUGGAAGAGACUCGAAUCAUUAUUGGUGGUGGAGAUGGGUGCGGUCUGUAGUAAAGUCUAUCUCUUGGAGAAGGUGUUGAAGCUAAAAACAUCGGAUAGUGGGGCGAACUUCCUUGAAGCGGCGCUGCAAGUGCUGGGUGACAAGCCGAGUACAACUUUCUGGCUCACCCUCUCACAGAGUCUGCAGCAGCAGAUAGCUCUCGCAACAGAAAAGAGCGCAUGGUUGGCGCAAUUGCUUUCAUCGGGAACGAGUGCUGCUGGAGAAGGGUAUACGAGGUUGUUAAGAAUUGUGCAAGAAUUCUUUGGCAAGAUAGGCGUGUAUACGGAUAUCCAGUACUCGGCAGCGCAUCAGAGUGCAGAGACGGUCAUUCUCGUCAAAAGCCUAGGCGGAUUAGAAAAGACGUAUCUGGAUAGGAGCACUGGAAGAAUCGCAGAGGUCCUACCUCAAGCAACAGCAAGAAGGGCAGGAAUGGGAGAAGAGGAAGCAGAAGGGAUUGUGAGAUUGAUAGCGAAUGUUUUAGAUGCGACACGGUUCGAUCCGCUACUCUCAAGGGCUGCGGUGGAGAGGUGUACGGGCUUGGCAGAUCAAUUUGCAGGGAGGGUAGAUAGCACAGUUGCCAAAGAUGCGGCGGGGCGGAGCUACAAUGCUAGUCUUGUACGUUUUUCGUAUACCCUAGCAGAAGGAUUGCGAAGCGUGGCAGCUGAGCAGGAUCUAACCCAAGUCUCAACUGCUGCUUCUGCCGUCGGUAGUGGAUCGAGCUACGUAUCUACUCGACUUCUCAUGUCUUCCAAUCUCCUUACUUCGACUAUCCGCUUUAGCAUCAUCGCCCCAUUCCGAACUCAGACUGAGACUGCGAUCUCCACCGCUCUCGCAAAGAUGCAUGCCCAGCUUUCUGUCCACUCUACCCCCAAAUCCAACCCCGAAAAGGGGAGAAUCUCAAUCGACUCCUCUUCCGGGGCAUCAUCUUACGCCACCGAGACAUGCGAUCUCCUCUGGUCGCUACGCGAUCGGACCCUUCCGCUAUACCCUCCAUCUAUUGCUAUCCAUCUCGUACAAAGCUUGGCCAGGACAACAUUGGAGUCCUUCCUCUUGCAUACGGCGAUACUCGCCUUGCCGCAGGGCGGAGGGGAAGCGGACAGGGCAAAGCUAAGACUGGCAACCGAUAUGACCGAGGUGGAGUUUGCUUUGACUCAGCUUGUUGGUGAUACACCGUCCCCGUCUGCAUCAACUGCGAAUGGAAAGAGUUGGGUAGAGGAGAAGGAAGGAAAGACCUUGAUCGGUGCUCCAGUGGAUGCAAAGAAGGUGAGUGGCACACUGAAGGCGUUCCGCCGGAUCCUAUUUCAGUCGCUAGAGGAGAUGGAAAAGGAUGGUGAGAAGGUAGGUAGAGGAGACUUGCCAAGGUUGAUUUUGGUGUUGCAUCUCGUGGCUCGUGCUGGGGCAGUAGGCUCUGUAUUGGCCAAGAUUGGCUCAGUCAAAGGCAAGGGUGCAGGUGCAAAAACGGAGGUUGUGUCAUGGAUCUUGCAGGAGGUAUCGAGCAAUGGUGGUAAAGAAGAGCUCUUGCUUGAACACAUUCAGCAGAAUCUACCGAAUGAUCUUGACGCUAGCACAUCAGAACUCAUUCAACACCUGCUCAAACCUAGUUCAUCUUGA